CAGUACAUAUUUCGAGAGCUAUGAAAUUUAUGUUGGUAGGUGAGAUGCCGGUGUAUUGAAUAGUAAGACACACUAUUAUGGCAGUAGAUUAUAUGAUUAUUAAAUUCGCUGAUAAUAUUGUGACUAGUGUACAUACGCGGUGAGCUCAUGAGCUGUACUUGAUUAGUAUAAAUUUACACGACUCACAAAGUAGGUACUUUUCGUUUAAUGUGUAAUUUGUUCGUACGGAAGGGGAAAAAACCUUCGCAGUUAACUCUUGAGUUGUGUCAAUUGUUGACAUCGAUAUGACUGACAUUCAGAAAAAAUUCAAAAUGUCACCUCAGGUGAUCCGAAUCACUAAACCUCUAGAAUUGGGCGAAGGACCCCAUUGGGAUAGUAAUUCCAAAGCUUUAUAUUUUGUUGACAUGUACAACUCCGAAAUUCAUAAAUAUCUGCCAGAAAGUAAUCUGCAUACGAGCGCCGUAGUCGAAACCAUAAAUGAUAAGAAACCCGUAACUUUUAUUGUACCAAUAGAAGGUGCAGAAGAUACCUUUCUUAUCGGAUAUGGGGGAGAAUUAGCGACAGUUGAAUGGAACGGCGUAAGCAAUACGACGAAAAAUUUCAAAACUUUACGUGUGCUAGAAGAAAAUUAUCCAGCGGUACGAUUGAAUGAUGGUAAAGUUAGUCCAAGUGGAGUUAUUUUUGCAGGUUCUAUGGGAGAAAAAUUAAAAGACGGUCAAUUCCCUCCCAAAUCUGGAAAUCUAUUCGCGUACGAUCCAUCGACUUCGACAACUAAAAAACUCCUAAGUGGUUUAGGAAUUGCUAACGGAUUAACGUGGAGUUUAGACGAAAGUAUUUUCUAUUUUAUCGAUUCGUUAAGUGGUCAAGUCAAAGGUUACGAUUAUGAUUCAAAAAAUAUAACUUUAAGCAACGAAAGAGUAAUUUUCGAUUUCCGCGAUUGUCAUGCAUUUGAUGCACCGCAUCUCAUCCCAGACGGCAUGACCAUUGAUAUUUCCGGCCAUUUAUGGAUAGCUGUACAUAACGGAGGCCAGGUCUAUCAAAUUAAUCCAAAAACCAAAUGCAUAGUAUCUGUGAUCGAUUUCCCGAGCAAACCAGUAACUUCCGUAGCAUUUGGUGGACCCAGUGUAGAGGAUUUAUACGUCACCUCGAUGCACAGAGACUUGAGCGAAGAAGAAAAAAAGGAGCAAUCUAGCGCCGGGUGUUUAUUCAAAGUCACCGGACUAGGAACUAAAGGAAUCGAAGGAGUUGGAGUGAAUCUAGCAGGUUUGAAAAAAUAAAAUUCGUUUUCAUUCAUUUUCAUUCGAUUCGGAUGUAAAUCGACACUUGAACAAAAAUAUUGCACAUUCGUUUUCAUCUUAUUUCUAUCCGUAAGAUUAUAAUUUUAAGGAUUUUUGAACGUAUUAUGUUGUCUACCAUUUCAUCAGGAUUUAUAAAUUCAUUUAAGUUGU